UACGAAUGUCCAGGUUGUAGCAGUUGACCGAAUCUUGUUAUAUUACGAAUGUCCAGGUUGUAGCAGUUGACCGAGUCUUGUUAUAUUAGGAAUGUCCAAGUUGUAGCAGUUGACCGAGUCUUGUUAUAUGAGGAAUGUCCAGGUUGUAGCAGUUGACCGAGUCUUGUUAUAUUAGGAAUGUCCAAGUUGUAGCAGUUGACCGAGUCUUGUUAUAUUAGGAAUGUCCAAGUUGUAGCAGUUGACCGAGUCUUGUUAUAUUAGGAAUGUCCAAGUUGUAGCAGUUGACCGAGUCUUGUUAUAUGAGGAAUGCCAGGUUGUAGCAGUUGACCGAGUCUUGUUAUUUGAUUAUUUUCCUGAAAUUUGAAUUUUGUACUCUUUUUAGAGUUUGUCGUGCCUUUAUCACUCCAGAUGAAAACUUCUUCAUCACUCCAGAUGAAAAGAAUCUUAUAUUUUAGAGACAGUGUGUUAGUAUAUAUCAUGCUCAAGAUGGAUGCUAUUUUUAACUUCUUUGUACACCCUGUUUAUGUCACUUAAAUAAAUGUCAAAAUGUUAAUGUUUAAGAUAUUUAAUUCCCUAUGAUACCAAAAACUGUAUUAAAUACUAUGAAUUCAAACUUUCUUUUGUAGGAUCAAGAAAACAAUUAUUGUACGUUGCCAAGAAGACCUAAGUCCUCCCAGCUAUCUAUGUUUACAGCAGCUUUUGAAAAAGGUCCUGGUUGUAAAAGUCUUGGUUUCAGUAUUGUUGGAGGAAAGGACUCGCCUAGAGGAGAUAUAGGUAUAUAUGUAAAGACAGUCUUUUCUACGGGACAGGCAGCAGAGAGUGGAAAGUUGAAAGAAGGAGACGAAAUCUUUAUGAUCAACAGUCAACCAUUGCAAGGAAUGUCUCAUGCUGAAGCUAUUACUACAUUUAAACGUAUUAAACAAGGUACCAUAAUACUUCAUAUAGGUAGAAGGAUUGCUAAUAAAAAAAGCCAUCAUGCUUCCAAGUCAUGUAGCAACCUGGACAAACUUUCUUAACUACAGAUGGACCGACUGUCAAACAAAUUUAUCUGAAUCGGCUCGCUCACGCAGGGCUUCAUCUGGAUACUGACAAUUAUCCCAGAAAGAAAGAAAAUACUAUCACUAAUAUUGUGAUAUUGUACCUGUUCUUUGUUGGUCAGUGUGUUAAUUUGUAUAAAAAACAAAGUUCUAAAAUGUGUUACAAAGCUCAGAAAGUAAACUGCUCAAAUUUCCUGUCUGUGAAGUGUGAUUUGUAGCCAGUAAUGGAAUAUUACAAGAGUAUUACUAGUUUUGGUGCUACAGUGUGAGACAUUUUAUAUACAUAAAAAAUGUAAUAUUUUACUUUUUGUUGUCCCAACUUUACACUUCAGUAUAUAAGUUUGUCAUACAUAUAUUUAUAUGUGCAUUUAAACAGUUUUGUUUGCUAGAAAGCAUCCUGUAAGAAUAUUGAUGUUCUAAAAAGUAACUUGUGUUGUAAAAAAAAGUAUAAAUAUAUACAUAAAAAAAUAGGUUGUGAAUAGCAAACUUUGUAAAAACUUUCAUCCAACCAGUAGCCCCUAAUUGUAACUUUUUUUCCCUAUUCUUAUCUUAUUGUCUUAACAGAAAUAAUUAACCAACAUAAGAAGAAAAAAAAUAUUUAUACUGUCAUUAGCACUCUUUAUCUGUGUAAUGAAAUGUAUUGAUUGAAAAGAAAAUCCAUUUUACUAAGUUCCAACUGUAUAAAUAUAGCUCUUUGUCAUACUUUUCAAUUGAUAUAUAUUUUUUUAAUUAAUUUUAAAAUUUCGUAAAAUCUCCUCAGUGUAGGACAUAUGUUCAAAUAUACCCAUGAUCAAAUACUUAAAAAAAACACACCAUAAAACCCCAUUACUAUUACCAGGUGGAGGGUAAAGGCAACCCUGAAGAAGUUAGGCUUACCUAUUGAAAAGUGUAAGGUUUUAUUGAUUAAUUAAUAUUCAAUAGCUUGAAUAUUUUCGUGAUAGUUUCUAUCACUGAUUUUCAUGUGUUGAUAACUAUUUAAAACUAAUUCGCAUGAAACGAAUGUUUUAGUGUAAAAGCAUAUAAAGGGUUACAAAAAACUUCAGUAUUUCUUUAUCAAUUUGUUGCUCAUUAAUCAACCCUAAUAAAGCUUAAGAUUUAAACUUGGAAUGAUAAAAUAUUGUAUUAAAGAGAGUUUAAAAUUAAAACUCGUUAUUAUUAUUAUUUCUUUUUAAUAUGAAACGAUAUUGUUUAACUACUAGUGGUUUAAUAAGUAAAACAUAACAGUUAGUAAAAGGACUUGUCCACAAACUUUAAUGUAAUAAAGGCUAGAGAAUAUAGAAUAACUUAUUUUGGUCAUAAUUUGGAAAGCUUCUGCCAUUCCCGUUCCAACAUCAAAAUCUUAACCAACAAUAUCUGUAUUAGGCUUAAGAGGCAUUCAGUCUUCAUAUUUCUUCAAUUCAAAGUUUUUACCUUCCACUACGGCACGUGUGAUUAGUUUUUUUUUUUUUUGGUCACGAAUCAAAAAAGUUUUGUUUAGCAAAUUAAAUUGAUUAAUAACUUGAUAUUAUUGUAAUGUUUCAAUUCGAACAUUUAAAAGCCAUUGUUGUUUUUCAUCACCUGAAUUUACCACACAUUUUGUUUACUUCCCUUUGAAUAACUUAUUUUUCUUUGGAAAUGUUUUCAUGUGUUCUUUUAUUCCAAAAAUAUGAUUAUUUUAAAUUUAAAUGUGUCAUUGUUGUAAGUUUGUAAACAUUCAAGCAGUAUUCUUUGUAUAUUAUUAUAUAUUGUUAAUCAAACAGUUGCUGUAUUUUGCUUAAAGGAAGAAUGUAAAUAACUCCGAAUUUAAACAGCUGUUGGAUAUUUCAUAAUUAUUGUGUCAGUGAUUUGAUUGUGAUAUUAAGUACCAUACAAUAAAAUUCAUUGGUAGUAUG